GAAAAAAUUAAUUUUUUCUAAAACCUGUUUUUUUUCUAAAAAACAAUAUUUCAUUAAUUUAAAACUAAUAAUAAGAUAUCUCGGUUAAUAAGAUAUUAUUGUAAAAAUAAUAACAAGAGGAAGUAAGAAAAAAGAAUUUUCAAAACAAGAUCGUCCCGAAAUCCUUCAAUUGCUCCUUGAAAUUUUGCAGUGCUGAGGCUGUUUUGGUAUCUAUAUCAAGCUUACUGCACGUUGCAAACGAUUUUUGCCAAUUAGUCGUUCUCGUUGACGGGGUUGUUGUCACGCAGGACAUCACGUGUAGGGUUGGAAGACAAAAAAACGGAGCCCACUGCCUGGUUUUUUUUAGGUUCCUCGCAUGUCUAAAAGCAAGUAGAAUAUAGAGUCGUGUAAGUUCUCUAUUUGAUCUUGGUAGGAGGCAAUCGGGCGAGUUUACUGUUUACGUAACUAGGAUCCAAAGACUUAAGUGCUGGUGCAUGAAAAGAGCUAUUUGUCACGACCCUGAUGUUUCCCACAGCCGAUAAGGCUACACACGGAUAUACCAUAAAGAACUACAUUAUUUAGAUGCGUUUCGACAAUGCCACGUUACCUGUUACUUAGAACAUAGGGUUUGGCGCAUAGCUUUGCAGAUUUUAAAGUGUCAACGCCCGUGAGACUUUUAAGUAUCAAAGUACUUUAGACCAAAUCAAUGGCACGAGACUUGCUAAGGAUUGGACUUAAAAUUAUCAUGAUAACGGGUAACAUUGUUCAUAAUAGUUAAUAAAGUUUGUUGCCCGGUUACUCAAGUAAUAUCACCUCGAUAAAGAGUUCGUCAAGUAAAUUACGUUAUCUGCGUACUUGUAUAUCAAAAAGUCUUCACAACUUUCCGAUCCUCUCGCAACUGUCCAAUUGGCAUUAAGUCCUUCAAAAAGUUUCUCCUCAUAGUUGUGUUUAAUCACACCUAAAUGAUUCUAUUUAGUCAAUGUUGUUUGCCAGUUAAGAAUCACCAUAUGUCCGGCUUAAGAAGAGCUUACCGCUCUAAACAAAGUCUUCAUAAUUGUUAUCCAAGACAAAAACAACUAUAAACCUGCUUGCUUUUUCAAUAAAGCAAAUGAAUUCUCUAACUUUGUCAUUUAAUUUUGUUUAUGAAAUACGCCAGGAUAUGAGUUGACCGGGCAGGUUGUUGUAUUGUAAUACGAAGAAGAUGCGCUUUGCAGUUUGUGAUUUCAAAAUGUCGAAUCAUUCCAGUCCUGAAACAGAUAAUUCUCCGAUGAAACUUGAUCUAAAACAUAUCGAGAGGCCAACGUACAUAAGCCAGGAUGAAAUUCAGUUGAAAGUAAGGAAAAUUUCUCUUAAAAAGGAAGCCAACAACUGGACGCAUAAGGAGAUUGUUCGAAAAUCGUUGUCUGAUGCUGAGUGUGAAGAGGAUAUGGUCGAGUUAGUGCGGGAAGAAUUGUAUCUGCGGAAAGGCUCGCAAAUAUCCUUGCACGGCGUUUCGCAUCUAGCUUAUGCUAAAGACACUUCAAAAAGGAUUUCAUGGCUGCUGGUGAUAUCUAUAUUCUGGGCUUUUCUGACUUACAUGCUUGUAAGUGUCUUCGUAAGUUAUGCUGCUCAUGAUGUGUACACGGUGAGAGAAAAGGUGCAAGUCAACGAAAUGGUUUUUCCUGCAAUAUCCUUUUGUAGCACUCCAAAGCUGGAUGAAAUUUUCCUAAGAUACAAUGUAUCAUAUCAAAAUCAUAAUGAUGUGACCGCAUUGCCAGUUUUGCAUCGAUUUGUUGGUGAUUACAUCAGUAACAGAAGCACAAAAAAUCGACUGUCAGUUUUGAAAACAAUGUUCGUAGAGGGCAUCGGUGCCUGCCAGUUCGGAAACAAACCGUGCAGUUUCGAGAGGGAUUUUAAAGCGAUCUCAGAGUUUCAUUUUGAUGGAGUCUGUUUUACGUUCAAUCCAUCAGGCACCUUUUCACAACAAGGCGAAGGAAGUAAAUUUGGUCUUUCAGUUAUUGUUUUUGUCAAUAAUACGGAGGAAACUGUUGACAUGGCAGUGAGGCCAGGACUUUCAUUAGUGAUAAAUUCACAUGAUGUGUUCCCGUUUCCUUUGAUAAACGGAAUAUUAGUUUCGCCUGGAGAACUUACAUUGAUAAGACUUCAAAAACAGCGAAUGACAAGGCUACCCGCCCCGUUUCCGCGUAAGUGUGCUGACAAUGGUCCCAUCUUGUUCCCAGGGAAAUAUACUCCAAACAACUGUAAACAAUCUUGCUAUAUCCAGAAGGCACUAGACGCCUGCGAAGCGUCUGUUUUCCCAGUGAAUAAGGAAAAACAAAAUUGCUUUUAUUCUAAACUAGUAGAAGAAAAUCUAGCUCACCAUCCGCAUGCAUGUGCUUGCCCUUUGCCUUGCAAAGAAGACCGGUUCAUUCCUUUGGCCACACAGUCUGACUGGCCAAAUGAAGCAGAUUUGCCUUAUCUUAAAAAGCUGUUCGCAACUGCAAUCGGCAAAAAUUCUUCCACCUUAUCUAAUGAAUAUGUAAAAAAGAAUUUUCUGCGUGUCAACAUAUUUUUCCACGAACUAGCUUACGAGAAAGUCGAUGAUGUGGCGGUGUGGACACAGCAAAAGCUCGUGAGUGACAUUGGUGGCCAAAUGGGAAUAUGGGUGGGAGCCUCGUUGUUCACAGUCAUGGAAAUGAUGGCUUACAUGGCAUCCAAAAUAAAAUCAUUUCUUUACUUAUUGUGUCACAGGAGCUAGCAUAAUGAAAAAUUGCCGGCAAUGACGUAGAUCAUUUACUUACAAUUAUUCUAGUAGCUUUUGUCUUUGCUCAAGCAAGGAUAAAAUGCUAGAUGUAUCUUUAAGAUCUUAACAAUGUAAACUUUAGUUAAAGAUACAUAACAGAAAACAGCCGACAUAGCAACAGCUGAUGUUGUUUUUUUCUUUUACACCAAUGAUAAUCUGGUAGCCUGGUAGUAAUUUUUAGUGGCACUUUGGCCAAAAUGGGAUGGCACGCAGACAUAAAUUUGCUUUCACAUUUGCUAAGCACUAAGAAAGCAUCUGAUGCCUAUUUGCAGAGCAGUAUCACACGGUGUCUAGUUUUCUAGGCGUUGAUUGUCCGCAAACACAAAUGGGCUCACAAAGAGUUGAAGUAGAUCAACUGCUAGCAAAAGUGAAGCUGUUAUUUCUAGUACAGCAACAGUAAAAAGCCCAAAACCAAAAGAACGUUUGGUAGAUGCUAUAGAAUCUAUUUAAAAAGAUACAUAACCAGGUGUAAGAACUCGUUCCUAUGUGAUUUCUAAUAGAAAGAACACUCUUGUAGAAAUUAUCGAGAUUGUCAUCGAAAUCACAAACAACAUUUGUUUAUUUAAAACAACAUAUGUGUAUUUUCCAAAAUAAUCUUUUCAUUAGUGUGAUAGUAGGAUAUUUAUCUAAGUAUUGAUUCAUAUCCAAUCGUCAAUGAUUAUCUGAUAUUUUGUAAUGGGUAGCAAAGUAUAAGAAAUAACAUGGCCCUCCUUUGGUUGCAAACGCUGUGUACAAAUUGCUGUGACCAAUGCUGAGAAGAAUAUCCUACCAUUCUGCAACACAUAAAUAAUCGGUUUUUGCCAAACUUAAUGAGCCUUACUAUAAGUUUAAGAGUAACAAU